AUGGCAGAUGCGGUGUUCAAUUGGUACAAGAAUGGGGGCACAGCAGAACCUGGUACUAAGAGAAGUGAAACUACUCUGCAAGCCAAAAAACAUCUUUCUUCCAUGGGUUGGGUUUUUUGGUAUGCUCAAAAGAACGGAAGACAAGAGUUACGAUAUCAGUCACCGCAAGGCAAGGUUUACUAUACACUCAAAGCUGCCUGCAAAGGUUACAUCGAUGAAACAUCCGGGGCCGAGGGAGGAGGAGGAAUGGCCGUGGCCGUGGCUGCUGACUUGGAGCCCAAGAAACCCUUGAAAAGAAAGAGUUUAACUCAAGAAAAUCCAGCUUUCCCUAAAUCUCUUCCAUUAAAAUCCCUGCAGCCACCCAAAAGAGGGAAGAAGGUGAGAAAACAAGAAAAUCAAGCCAAGGUGAUCAAACGAGCGAGUAUUAGAAUACGAGAGGAUCCUGUUCCGAAUUCAUCUCAUCGUAACCCAAGAACUGUUCUCUCUUGGUUGAUAGACAACAAUGCGGUUUCGAUUUUGGCGAAAGUGUAUUACCGGAAUAAGGCAGGGAAUCCAUUGAUGAGAGGAAGGAUAACUCGUACUGGGAUUCAAUGUGACUGUUGUUUCAGGGUAUUUGCUCUCACCGCCUUUGAGGCUCAUGCGGGUAGUACCAACCAUAGGCCGGCUGCUAAUAUAAUCUUGGACGAUGGCAGUGGCAGGUCUCUUUCUGAUUGUCAAAGGCAAGUUCAUGAUUCAAUGAUGACAAUCCCCACAUCUGCGAAGAAGGACGAUUUGAAUCCACAUGGGAGUGAUGAUGUUUGCUCUGCUUGUUGCGAUGGGGGAGAGUUAAUUUGCUGUGAUCGUUGCCCUUCUGCUUUCCAUGUCAAUUGCGUGGGCCUCAAGGAAGUUCCAGAUGGUGACUGGUUUUGCCCCUCCUGCUGUUGUGGCAUUUGUUGUAUUGGAACUGUAAGUGAUGAUGAUAAUUUUCUUGCUUGUCAACAAUGUGAGUGUAAAUUUCACAUUGGAUGCCUCAAGUUGAAGGAAUCAAAUGAACUGGCUGGGAAAAACAACUGGUUUUGCAGCCAUAGCUGUGAAAACAUCUUUUCCGGCCUGCGAAAUCUUACUGGAAAACCGAUUCUAGUGGGGAACAAUCUGACCUGGACAUUGUUGAAGUCGAAGGCAAGCUCUAACGGCGACGGCUAUACUGAUUGCCCCGAUGGCCUGGAUUCUUGUGCAGAGAAUCACAGAAAGUUGAAUAUUGCACUGGAUGUGAUGCAUGAAUGUUUUGAGCCUAGUAAGGAUUCUUACACAGGGAGAGAUCUGGUCAAAGCUGUGAUUUUCAGCCAAGGGUCGAAGCUGAAACGAUUGAAUUUCAAAGGAUUCUAUAUUGCGGUUCUGGAGGAAAACGAUGAUCUGGUUUCCGUGGCUACCAUAAGGGUACAUGGUGACAUUGUGGCCGAAAUGUCCCUUGUUGCUACCAGGUUCAGCCACCGCCGCCGCGGCAUGUGUCGAGCAUUGGUGGAUGAACUUGAAAAGAAUCUAGCCAAACUGGGGGUGCAGAAGCUAAUUUUACCCGCCGUGCCUGCUGCAGUCGACACAUGGGUUAAUGGUUUCCGGUUUUCUCACAUGACAGGCGACGAGAGAUCGAAGCUUCUGCAAUAUACUUUACUAGACUUUCAGGGAAGCAUAAUGUGCCAAAAACCCUUGAAAACUGAGUUGUGA